ACACCAGCCGCCGCCAGCGACUUGGAACCGGAGCUCGGUUCGUCUGAUGGAGCUGUUGAUGAAGAGCUCAUGAUGGAGCAAACUGAGGAAGAUUUGUCCAAGAUCAUCAGUCUUCGCGCUCUGGCGAGCGAGGAAGACGACGACGACGACCAGCUUGUUCAGGAGGAGUCUGAAACAGUGCGGGAAAACAUUCCAGCUGCUCCUGCUCCUUUAACAGAAGACUUUGAGAUCAACGAUGCAGCAGCCAUGGAGGAAGAGAUUAAGAAUCUUAGGGAUUUGGUUCAGUCGCUUCAGGAGAGGGAGAUUUGGUUGGAGAUGAAGCUUCUGGAGUUCCAUGGCAUGAAGGAGCAGGAGGCAUCAAUGAGGGAGCUUCAGAAUAGGUUGAAGAUAAGUGCGACAGAGAUGAAGCUGCUUUCUCUAAAGAUCGAGUCUUUGAAGGCUGAGAACGAGAAGCUCAGAGCCGAGGCUUCAGAUUAUAGCAGAGCUGUUUCAGAGCUUGAGAUUUGUAAAAAGAAUAUCAUGAUUUUGGAGAGUAAGUUGAGAUAUGUUGGAGAGCAGGCGCAGGAGAAGAUGGCAGUGCUUCAUGGAAGGGUCACUGAGCUUAGAGAGAAGGAGAAGAAGGAUUUGGAGGAUGAUUUGGAGGUGGAGAAGAAGCUGAGAUUGUUUAAUGAGCUAGAAAAUGAGGUCUUUGAGCUUCGGAAGGAGAAUUCAAGGUUGGCACAGGAGAAAGUAGGGAUUUUGAAAAAGUUUGAAGCUGAGCACUCACUCAAUGCUUCAGAUCUCAGAAGUCCAGAUUCUGUUCUCAGGACCUUAGAGCUAUGGAGAUUGGAAGAACAAAAUCAACUGAGAGAAGAGAAUGAAAAUCUAAAGAAAAAACUGGAACAGCUUCAGAGUGAUCAUUGCGAAGAUAUCGAAGAGUUGGUUUAUCUUAGGUGGAUCAACGCUUGCCUGCGGUAUGAGCUCAGAAAUUAUCAGCCUCCUUCUGGAAGAACAGUAGCAAGAGACCUGAGCAGAAGCUUAAGCCCCAAAUCUGAGCAGAUGGCUAAACAACUGAUACUCGAUUACUCGAAUUCUCAUUCAAAUUCGAACCGGUUGAGCUCAAUCGACUUUGAUUUGGAUGAUUGUUUUUCGCAGACAUCGAGUGAGGAAUUUGAUGAAGCUUCCUUAGACUCUGCAAAGACUAAAUCUACUAAGUCGAGCAAAUCAAAACUUUUCCGCAAGCUUAAAAAGCUCGUGCUGCCAAAAGGUCGCAACGAAGAGAAGAAUGAAACAAGGGCUUCAUUUGGAAUCACUUCAGGUUUGUCUAUAGAGAAGAAGAAGAAUUCAACAGGAGUGGAAUUUAAUGGUGAUGAGAAGUGGAAAAGUAGAAGAAACCAUUCUCAUGAUCUAACAAGGCCUUCUUUUGAUAUUCAGAGUUUAAGUAGGCUCAAUCUGGAAGAAGAAGGUAAUGGUGGGAUGCAUGAACGCUGUAAUUGUGACAUUGGAGCAGUUUAUGCUCAUAAGAGGAUGAUUUCUUUGGAUGAGAACUCACCAUACAGCAGUUCUGUUGAGAACGAAGAAGUUGGCGAUCCGACGGAGGACAAACUAAAGAAAUUCGCUCGAGUUUUUAAGGAUUCUAAGGGAUCUCUAAGGUCUAAGAGGCUAUCAGCAUCAUCAAGCAUUGUCUGAUUAAUGAGGAAAUGUAGGAAGGAGAGCUACUUUCUUGGUGUAUAUGUAUUGGGACCAAGUAUAUAUACAUUGUAUAAUUAGAUAACUGGAUUUUCCAUGGAAGUACUUUAAAAGAUCGAGUUAAAAUCAGCAUAGCUCAAUGGUCAUUCUCUCUGUCUCUCUCGCGCAGAAUAUACUUAUCUAGAUAGUGUAAAUUCAUGGGCAAUUUAGAAUCCAACAUAUUUAAAUUCCAACAGAUGAAUUUUGGUAUAGUUUCUUUUAAUGAUGUUUUGUGUUGGGGCAAACUUAUUUUAAUGUAAGAAACUUUAUUGGAAAUAGAAGUGGGCUAGAACCAUGGAAGAUCUCUGUUGAACUG